GGGCCUGGUCUCUGGGAAUUAUCUGCUCCCCAUUCCUUAGUGCAGACACACAACAUGGCGGACUAGAAGAGGCGGCCGAGUCGCCCGGAUACAGCGAAUAAACUGGGAUUCACGUCCCUUAUGCCUCGAGGAAGACGGAGAGACACCCAUUUGUGAGGAACACCCUUGGGAACAUUGAGGAAUUCAUGGGACCGUUCUAGCCACUCGUUAACGUAAACAGACUUGCGAUCUGUUGCCUACAAAUUGUCCGUCUUGUCCCAGACCGUUUCUAGUAUCACCCAGGCCCCCCACCCCGCACACACACUUGGUUCCUGGGGUGUUGAGACAGGGGCCGGAGUUGAGAAAGUGGAAAAAGGAAGAAAGGAAUCCCAAUUCCGUAACUAAAUCCAGGAUUGUACCAAAACAAACUGGAGUCGUGUGAAGUAUAUUCCUUGGCCAACAACGUUGCGGUGAUGAGAGAGAUAAGGCCGUCGGAAGUGAGGACCACGCUGUGCUAAUGAGUGAUUGAUGCCAACUUCGCUUCUUAAGGGCAGUAUGGGUGUGUGUCCCCUGCUCCUGCUGCUCCCCAUGGCCCUCGGGGUCCUCGGGGUCCCCGUCUUUGCCUCGGCCCAGGGAUUCCCUCCCGCGCCCACAGCCAAAUCCCUGGAUCCUCCCCCUGCCCCCACCCCCAGUGUUCCCACGGCAACACCCACCACCCCUCAGCCCCCUCCCACCACGGCAGUCCCUUCAGUUGCCGUAACGACGGCGACGACGAUGACCGCCGCCACGACCGCGGAUGGGUUGCGGCUGACGACUGGCCCCCCGCCCACCCCGGACCCGUUGCCCCCCCGUCCCCCGUCGCUCCCACCCCAUCCAACGGACCGGGUCACCGCGGGGGUGACCGCCAACCCACGGGACCCCACCAGCGUCAGCCUGGACGGGGGGAACGGCACCGUACCCUCGUCUCCGGACACUCUGUCCCCAGACAGUAGCACAGAUCCCCCGCCGGAGACCAGUGCUGAACCCACGGUGAAAGAAACCUCGGCCGACACCAGUGGUGCUACUGUUCCAGGUAACGGAGGUGGGAACACAGACUCCCAGUCAGAUGAAACGCCCAUCAUCGCCGUAACGGUGGCCCUGUCAUCCCUUCUCGUCAUCGUCUUCAUCAUCAUCAUCCUCUACAUGCUCAGGUUUAAGAGGUACAAACAGGCUGGCAGCCAUUCCAACUCCUUCAGGCUGACAAACGGCAGGUCAGAUGACACAGAGCUCCAGAGUGUGCCCCUAUUGGCCCGUUCGCCCAGCACCAAUAGGAAGUACCCGCCCCUUGUUGUGGACAAGCUCGAGGAGGAGAUGAAUCGUCGCAUGGCUGACGACAACAAGCUCUUUCGGGAGGAGUUCAAUGCGCUGCCAGUGUGUCCCAUCCAGGCGUCGUGUGACGCUGCCUCCAAAGAGGAGAACAAGGAGAAGAACCGCUACGUCAACAUCCUGCCGUACGAUCACUCCAGGGUCCAUCUGUCGUCACUAGAGGGAGUCCCGGACUCGGACUUCAUCAAUGCAUCCUUCAUCAAUGGGUACCAGGAGAAAAACAAGUUCAUCGCGGCUCAAGGUCCAAAGGAAGAGACUGUUAAUGACUUCUGGAGAAUGAUCUGGGAACAAAACACCGCCACCAUCGUCAUGGUGACCAAUCUGAAGGAGAGAAAAGAGAAAUCCAUCCAGCGGCAAUCUCUCUGUGUGUCUCAGUGUAAGUGUGCUCAGUACUGGCCAGACCAGGGCUGCUGGACCUACGGCAACGUCCGGGUCUCCGUGGAGGACGUGAUGGUGCUGGUGGACUACACCAUCCGGAAGUUCUGCAUCCAACAGGUUGGGGACGUGGGUGGUAAAAAGCCACAGCGACUGGUGACGCAGUUCCACUUCACCAGCUGGCCAGACUUUGGUGUCCCCUUCACACCGAUAGGAAUGCUCAAGUUCCUGAAGAAGGUCAAGACCUGCAACCCCCAGUAUGCCGGACCCAUUGUGGUCCACUGCAGUGCGGGGGUUGGGAGGACUGGGACCUUCAUAGUGAUAGACGCCAUGUUGGACAUGAUGAACACCGAGAGGAAGGUGGAUGUGUUUGGAUUUGUCACCCGCAUCAGAGCCCAGCGCUGCCAGAUGGUCCAGACGGAUAUGCAGUAUGUUUUCAUCUUCCAGGCCAUGCUGGAGCACUAUUUGUACGGGGACACGGAGCUGGAGGUGACCUCCCUGGAGGCCCAUCUGGCCAAGCUGUACGCCCCCACCACUGCUGGCUGUGGAGGCAUGGAAGCAGAGUUCAAGAAGCUGACCUCCAUCAAGAUCCAGAACGACAAGAUGAGGACGGGCAACUUGCCGGCUAACAUGAAGAAGAACCGAGUUCUCCAGAUCAUCCCAUAUGAGUUCAACCGAGUGAUCAUCCCCGUGAAGCGAGGGGAGGAGGACACGGACUACGUCAACGCGUCCUUCGUCGACGGCUACCGGCAGAAGGACUCGUACAUCGCCAGCCAGGGACCUCUGCAGCACACCAUCGAGGACUUCUGGAGGAUGAUCUGGGAGUGGAGGAGCUGCUCUGUGGUCAUGCUCACCGAGCUGGAGGAGAGGGGACAGGAGAAGUGUGCCCAGUACUGGCCCAGUGACGGGGGGAUGGUCUGUGGGGACAUCUCCAUCGAACUGAAGAGGGAGGAAGAGAGCGAGAGCUACACUGUCAGAGACCUGCUGGUCACCAACAAUAGGGAGAAUAAGGCUCGUGCUGUGCGACAGUUCCAUUUUCAUGGCUGGCCAGAGGUGGGCAUCCCCAGCGACGGGAAGGGCAUGAUCAAUAUCAUUGCUGCAGUCCAGAAGCAGCAGCAACAGUCUGGCAACCACCCUAUUACUGUCCACUGCAGUGCGGGUGCAGGCCGGACGGGGACCUUCUGUGCCCUGAGCACGGUCCUGGAGCGGGUGAAGGCCGAAGCGAUCCUGGAUGUUUUCCAGACCGUCAAGAGCCUCCGGCUACAGAGACCCCAUAUGGUGCAGACACUGGAGCAGUACGAGUUCUGCUACAAAGUGGUCCAGGAGUAUAUCGACGCCUUUUCUGACUACGCCAACUUCAAGUAGGGACGUAGGGGACGGACAUCACUAUACGUUAACACACACACUCACUCACACCAAGCACACACACCCCCAACAGACAAAGAAUUCCAACGGAACAAACGUACGGAUCGUGGAUUAGAUGGCUGGACAGCCUGCAUGCUCGGAGGAAAAGGGAAUGGGAGUCAUGUGACGGAGUCAUGUGACGGAGUCAUGUGACGGAGUCAUGUGACGGAGUCAUGUGACGGAGGCUUGUGACGGAGGCAUGUGACGGAGGCAUGUGCAGCGCUGCGGUGAACCGGACGGAGUGAAUAUCAGAGAUGCCUUCUUGAAUAUUUUGUAAUAUUGAUCUUGUUAAUAUAGCCAGUUGCUCCCCACCCUCUCCCCAAUCGGACACCUCCAUAAUCCACCCCAUGUAAAUAUACUUACUCUGUCACAUUUGUAGUUUUGUUGUUAGUUUUUUUUUUUUACACUUUUUUUUUUUUUGACUGCAUUUUUAGGGUGACAUUUAUAA